CCCCCCCCCCCCCGCCCUUCCCGGUCUAGAUUCGUUCAGGUUUUUAACAUGGCAGCCUCCGCCGUGAGUCGGGCCAUGGCGCUGCAAACGCGUGCUGGUCGGCACAUUGCUUUUAUCAGAAAAAUUCCUUGGACCGCGGCGGCGAGUGAGCUGAGAGAACACUUUGCUCAGUUUGGCCAUAUAAGAAGAUGUAACAUACCUUUUGACAAAGAGACUGGCUUUCACAGAGGCAUGGGUUGGGUUCAGUUUUCCUCAAGGGAAGAACUUCAGAGUGCACUGCAGCAGGAAAAUCACAUUAUUGAUGGAGUAAAGGUCCAUGUUCAAGCUCAGAAAUCAAGGGUUUUGCAAGAAGAGGCUCAAACAUCUGAUGAAGAGAAAGACUUCUGAGAUUAUUGUCUUAGCCAGUAAAUAAAAGUAACUGAGACUUUU